AUUGCAAACAAAAAAAAAAAAGGAAGAAGAAAAAUGGAGAAAAGAGGGGUCUCAGCAGUCUUGAUGGUUUGUUUGGUGUUGGGGACUCUAGUAGGACAGUCCACAGCUCAAGGAACUAUAUUGUGCUAUGCGGCUUGCUUCAUUCCAUGCAUGGCUGAUUCCACCACUACAACGUUCUAUUGCGCUGCGAAAUGCCUGAAGGACUGUAUCCUUCCGAAAUCUACUGUGGGCGGUAUCAAAGACACCCAAUACUUCUGCAAGCUUGGUUGUGCUACCGCCCUGUGCACAAAUAUCAGUACCAAAGAAGAUCCUGGUGAAAAGAAGGUUGGAAGCUGUGUGGAUGCUUGCUCUGCGACAUGCGCAAAGAAGAACUGAUCAAAUACCAUAUAAGAGAUGGUAAAUGAAUAAAGCCCCUGUUGAAUAUUUGGGUUAAUCCAAAUGUAAAAUAUUGGGACUACUGUACUUUCAAUUUAAAAUAAUGACUUUACGUCACUAGCAACCGCUUCUCUCCUUUAAUUGGGAAGAAAUGGCUUUUAUCAUGUAAUCAUGUUUAUGUAUUAUAUAUAAGAAGUGUGCUUCCCAACUUU